UCCUUCCUCCUCCCCCGCCAUAGACUCCCGUAGACGGCCCCGGUCUCAUAGACGUCUGGUCCUCUUUUCUGUCCGUCCCCCUCAGGCCACAUCCCGCAAAAAUGUCGGCAAAGGCCCCGUCCGCAAGGACGACUAUCGAGCAGAAGCCGUUCGUGAUCCCGGACCUGACCGUCAAGGAUCUUCUUUCGGCCAUUCCGGCUCACUGCCACAAGCGCUCUGCGUUCCGGUCCUCGCUCUACGUCUUCAUGGACGUCGCGAUCAUCAGCGCCAUCUACAAGGGGACCUACUUCCUCGACGCGCUUUUGACCCCUGAGCACAUCGCCCUCCCGAACGCGGCCCUCUAUCCCGCCGCGCGCUUCGUGCUCUGGGCGUUCUACACGUUCUUUGUCGGCCUCUUUGCCACUGGUCUGUGGGUCAUCGCGCACGAGUGCGGCCACCAGGCAUUCUCCGAGUCCAAGGCCGUCAACAACACCGUCGGAUGGAUCCUUCACUCCGCACUCGGAGUACCUUAUCACGCGUGGCGCAUCACCCAUGGGAAGCACCAUGCUUCUACUGGCCACAUGACGCAGGACCAGGUCUUUGUACCCAAGACGCGCUCUCAGCUCGGCCUACCUGCCUUCGAUCCCACCAAGGAGAAUCUCGCUGGUUCCAGCGUCACGGAGGAGGUUAAGCAGGAGCUUUACGAGGCCCUCGGAGACUCCCCCAUCGGUGCGAUCUACGGCUCCCUUCGCUACCUUAUUGGUGGCUGGCCUGCGUAUAUCAUUCUCAACGCGUCCGGACAGCAGAGGUACCCCAAGGGCACGAGCCACUUCAACGCGGAGUCUGUCAUGUUCCGCCCUGAUCAGCGCAGCCAGAUUUUCAUCUCCAACGUCGGAAUCAUGCUCUGGAUGGCCGCUAUCGGUUGGUCGAUCUCUCAGUGGGGAUUCUUCGAGGUUUUCCGCGUCUAUCUGAUUCCCUACCUCUGGGUCAACCACUGGCUUGUCCUGAUCACGUUCCUCCAGCAUACCGACCCGAUCCUGCCCCACUACCGCGCGUCUGAGUUCACGUUCCCCCGCGGCGCGCUCUCCACGCUCGACCGGAACCUGCUCGGUGACUGCGGCAGUGUGAUGGGCUGGCUCGGUGCAUUCGCGACGCACGGCAUCUCGGAGACGCACGUCGCCCACCAUGUCUCAAGCAAGAUCCCCCACUACAACGCAUGGGAGGCGUCCGACGCGCUCCGCGCCCUCCUCGCACGCAACGGGAUCAAGCUCGAAGGCCGCCCCGGCGGCUGGGCGGAGGUCUACCGCGUGUUCAAGGCGUGCAAGUUCGUCGAGGACGAGGGCGACAUCCUCUUCUACAAGAACGCGUACGGGCUCGCGGCGACGAAGCCCGCGUUCGUGGACAACACCGCGAGCGACUCUGGUAUCGAGAUCGUCGACAAGGACGCGUAGGCGGCCCGCACAGGCUCCUGCCACGUCCCUUAUCGCACACCUCUUGUAUGUAUCAGUGUCUAGCGUCGUCGCGCUUUCCCGCACGUCAUUCCCCCACAACACCCCCGUACAGUUUGGUAUGCCCGUCAGGACCGUCUAUUGCGCAUAUACACCACACAUUCCUACGCCAGCAUCCCCUUCCCUGCGGCCGCUCCAUACCUAUAGACAAAAUCCAGUCUAGGCUGGGACUCUCCACCCCCACGUCGACGGUCGUAUUUUCCAGCGGCGUCGCUGGUAACGACUCCAUAGAGGAAGCUCCGUCGCGUUGGGCGUGGGGGCGCGUAGUGCUAGGGGCUUGUGUGCUUGUACCGCGUUCACGAUGGAUGUAGAUGAUCCUCGG